ACGAACUCGCCUUGAGUGAUACGAAUGACCAUAGGCAUAGUUCGCAAAAAAGAGCAUGCAGAGCUGCAAGAAGAGUCAGUAAAGAAGUAGGACGCUCUAUUAACGAUCUAUUAUUGUGAGUAAGUGUGUACUCUAUCCAGUCACGCCAUGGAGCUAGCUGGGAUUCCCGUGCCUAAGAUGGAGUGGGACUCGUCUAACCUGCCCGAAGCCUUUAAACGGUUUAAGCAGCACAUUCAGCUCGUGUUUGAUGGCCCGUUGACGGAUAAAGAUGAGGCAGUGAAAUGCAAGUAUUUCAUGCUGUGGAUUGGAGACAGAGGGAGAGAGAUUUACAACACAUGGAGCGUUUCGGAAGACGAUGAGAAAAAACUAUCUACCUACUACGAGAGUUUCCAGUCUUACAUACAGCCGAAAUUGAACCCGAUAUUUGCAAGGUACAAGUUUAAUAACGAGGUUCAGCGAGAGCAGUCAGUAGAGCAGUUCAUAACCAGGCUUCGAGUUCUCGGAAAAGAUUGCAAUUACAGCGAUCUGGAUGAAAUGAUACGGGACCGAAUUGUAUUUGGUAUCUCGAACAGUAAGGUCAGAGAGAAGCUGGUGAACGAGAGAGAAAAACUGACUAUGGAGAAGGCAAUCACUAUUGCGCAGCAAUUCGAGUAUGCACAGGAGCAGAUGAGGUCAAUGUCAGCGACAGCAAUCCCAGCGGAAUCACAUUCGGUAAGAGUCACCGUGAGAGCAGCGCAACAUAGGCAGUACGUGGCGAGCAGACAGCAACCGCAACCACAACCGCAACCGCAACCGAAACCGAGAGCAGAACAGAGAGCGAAACUGCCGUUCGCUCCAAGACCCGAUCACGUGCCAGGAAAGAAGUGCGGGAAAUGUGGCUAUUUCCACGGUG